CUCGAUUCAGAUCGAGUCUUAGCUGGAGGAUUUUCGUGGAUCAUCAGACUCUCCCUGUCAGUGACGACGGCCUUGAUCGACCCCCUUUGGUCCUAGCAUCUCGCCGGUAGCAACCUAUUGCAUUCUUGCGAUGAAGUUUGGCAAAGAGAUCCAGAGGCAGCAGAUCCCAGGAUGGUCGCCGUAUUAUUUGGACUACAAGGCUCUUAAGAAAAUCAUAGCAGCAGCCAAUAAGUCACUUGCUGAGUCAAACUCGCUACUUAUCGAAAGAUUACCUUUGCAGGCUCCGUCUCGUCUGGGGAUGCCAACGUUGCACCUGUUUCUGUCCCCACUGUUGGGAGGGAUGAAGAGCGUGGCCCUGAAUUUCAACGAAGCAAAGCAAUGUUCUUCUUCAAGCUGGAGCGCGAACUCGAAAAGAUCAACACGUUUUAUCUCCAGAAAGAAGCGGAACUUAAGUUACGCCUUGGUAACCUUCUGUCGAAGAGACGGCUAGCGCUUCAACUCAUGAGUUCAGAUGAGGAGGGGGCAACUGGAAAUGAGGGUGGGAUGCAAAGUUCUGAGUGGCGUGCUGUUCAAGAGGGUUUUCGCUUGCUGGAGAAAGAUUUAGGCAAACUCCAAGUG